AUGGAGGACACAACCAACAAUCCUAGCGCUCAGCUGCGGCAACCCAAGAAGAGGUUCGUCGGUCGGCGCACAGCCGAAGCUCAGUCUCAAAAGGAUACCACCAGCCAAGCAGACGUCGAGUCAACGGCUGUACAGACAGCCGCUCGAAGAAGAACACCUCGCACUCUCAAUCAAGUUCCCCCCGAGAUCCUGGACGACCCCGAGAUUCAAGCCGCAAUUGAACUUCUCCCCAAAAACUACUCUUUCGAGAUCCCCAAAACUAUCCACCGAGUCCGAUCAUCUGGCGCCAAACGUGUAGCGCUACAGUUCCCCGAAGGACUCUUGAUUUUUGCCACAACCAUUUCCGACAUCUUGACACAAUUCUGCCCGGGCAUUGAGACCUUGAUUAUGGGUGAUGUGACCUAUGGAGCAUGCUGCAUCGACGACUAUACCGCGCGGGCGUUGGGUUGCGACUUGCUCGUUCACUAUGCACACAGCUGCUUGAUUCCUGUGGAUGUGACCAAGAUCAAAACACUCUAUAUCUUCGUCGACAUUAGUAUCGACACCAGCCACUUGAUCGCAACUCUCGAGCGAAACUUUAAACCCGGCCAAACUAUUGCCACCGUCGGCACGAUCCAGUUUAAUGCUACUCUCCACGGUCUUAAACCUGUCCUAGAGCGUGCAGGCUUUCGCGUCGUCGUUCCGCAGAUUAUGCCUCUCUCCAAGGGAGAAAUCCUCGGAUGCACCUCACCCCAGCUGUCCGAUUCCGAGAUCGACGUUCUUCUUUACCUUGGCGAUGGCCGUUUCCAUCUCGAGUCUGCGAUGAUUCACAACCCUUCUAUCCCGGCAUACCGCUACGAUCCUUAUUCGCGCACACUCACGCGCGAAUCAUACGACCACGACGAGAUGCACACUAUCCGCCGGGGCGCCAUUGCCACGGCCAAAACCGCCAAGAAAUGGGGCAUCAUCCUGGGAUCACUUGGACGACAAGGUAAUCCGAACACAAUGGCCAUGAUCGAACGCCAUCUGGCCGAACGUGGGAUACCAGUCGUCAAUCUCCUGCUGAGUGAGAUCUUCCCCGGUAAGCUGGCCUCCAUGUCUGAUGUCGAGUGUUGGGUGCAGAUUGCCUGCCCGAGACUAAGCAUUGACUGGGGCUAUGCGUUCUCCCGACCGUUGCUGACCCCGUACGAGGCGCUCAUUGCCCUCGAUGUUCGGGAGAGUUGGGACAAGGCCAACAAGGGCGUCUAUCCUAUGGAUUUCUAUGCAAAGGAAGGUCUGGGCCGCACUAAGCCCGAGCAAGCCAUUCGUGCUGCGUAA